UGUCCGUGUUCAGCUGCAGACUUGUACCGGUCGCAGGCAGCCCCUAUGUCACGUCCGUUGUUGUGGACGCAUGCAGCCACUUUUCUGGAACGGCUUGCGCAACCAACACAAGUCCACAGCGUUCCACGGCGUGUAUGUCUGAGCCUGUCUACAUCACAUCCACCUGCAGUGUUGUCAGCUGUGUGUCUGCCUGGUAUAGUUUGUGCAUAGGACCGGCUUUCCUCUUUUCCCACCUCCUAGUUACCCUCUGCUGUACUUUGCCCUGGUUUGGCUUUGAUGUCCCAGUGAUCCUUCGCAGCUCUGAUGAAACAGAGUCCCAUCUACUAACCCCUGAGAAGCAAAUGGUUCAGAUGACCAAUCCUUUCACCCUCAAGUUGGGAUCUGGACCGGCAUCUGUCACUGAUGGUGUGUCAGUGGGACCUUGCUGUCUGGAGCCCUGUGUCCUGAGCUGUUUCUGGGGCUGUAAGGUCAGUGCCCUGCAAGGAGCACUGCAGGCCCACCAGGAUGGCUUGAAGCUCAGCACCCCCCAAAAUUAUCUGGAGGCCCUUCACCUCCAAUAUCACUACUCCCAGACCUUCCAUAUUGGCAAUUUAGAUAGAGUUGAAUGCCACACACAGAUUCCUGCUGACCAUGAGAUCAAAGAUUUUGGGCUGUUGCCAAGGGAAUGCUACCCUCUUGUGGCUGUGCUGACGCUGGCAGAGCCAGAAGCCAGAGAUGCAUACAACAUUGUGGCUAGUGUGACAGUUAUUCAUGUUCCUGAUGACAAAUACAGCCUUUCUGCUCGGGUUCUCUUUCAGUACCUUCUCACCUCACAAGGGAACAUGUAUGAGUUAAAGCCUCUCUUCAUGUCAGCUGUCAGUAGGGGAGAAUCUGAGCCCUUCCACUCAGAGCAGAAUACCCAACCCAGAGAACCCAAUGACGAGGCCAGCAGAGGCGAGCACACUCCAGUGCUGGAGGAGGACUGGUCAGAGGGAAAGGGCAGAGACUGUGUGGUCUGUCAGAAUGCAGCAGUAAAUAAGGUGUUGCUGCCCUGCAGACACGCCUGUGUGUGUGACAGCUGUGUGUCACACUUUCAGCACUGCCCCAUCUGCAGGGCCUUCGUCCAGGAGUCCUUCACCCUGACACAGGGACCAGCUGCAGAACAAUGACUUCGUACCGAACCAGUGAAUGUUAUUUAAGAAAUAUUAUGCAGCAAGAAAGGCAUCAUUGCAAAUCCCUGACACCAAAUCUU